AGAUCGAGAGAGAGAGAGACCGAUGAGCCGGAGGAACAAGAACGGUCCUAAGCUCGAGCUGAGGCUGAAUAUUUCGCCGCCUCCUUCUCAAGCCAGCCAGAUGAGUCUUGUUUUAUCACCGACCCGAUCCAACACGACUUCACCGAGCUCAUGCGUUUCUUCUGAGACGAACCAGGAAGACGAGAUCGACACAACAACAACCUCAAUGGUUCUUGUAGGUUGCCCUCGUUGCCUUAUGUACGUUAUGCUCUCUGAAGAUGACCCUAAGUGUCCUAAAUGCAAAAGCACCGUUCUUCUUGAUUUCCUCCACCAAAACGCUUCCGCCGCCGCCGCAACAGCUCCCGCUGCCAACACCAGACGCAAGAAGACCUGGUGGAACUGAAAAUUGAUUGGUGUUUCUUUUUGGUUUGUGUAUGUAAUGGAGGGAUCUCAAACCGAAGAUCUAAACUAAUGGUUUAUCCUUAUGAUUUUUCUCUCUAGUAGUUUUGUCUUUAGACUAGUGCUAAUCACGCUCCAGUUUUAGACCAGACUUGAACUGGAGCUUGAAUAGCACUAACUUUGCUUAAAAUGGAAGAAAGCUUAUUUUUCUUAUAACUGAUGAUGCCUUAGUAUGAUGAAACAUGUGUUGUUGUUUCGUUUC